UCCCUAUCCUUGUAGAUGACCUCUUCAUAUAUAACCACCACCACCAUCACAGCACCUCUCUCCGGAAGCCUGCAGAAUAGGUGGGAGAAGCAGAAGACAGUGCCCUUGUACUGGGAAGAAGACAUCCGUCCCGAAAUGAAAGAAGAUAUAUACGACCCCAGCUACCAGGAUGAAGAGGGGCCCCCGCCCAAGCUGGAGUACGUCUGGAGAAACAUCAUCCUCAUGGCCCUGCUGCACUUGGGGGCCCUGUAUGGGGUCAUACUGGUUCCGUCCUGCAAGAUCUAUACCUGCCUCUUCGCAUUUGUCUACUAUGUGAUCAGUAUUGAAGGCAUUGGAGCUGGAGUUCAUCGCCUGUGGAGUCACCGAACUUACAAGGCUCGGCUGCCGCUGCGACUCUUUCUCAUCGUGGCCAACACCAUGGCUUUCCAGAAUGACGUGUAUGAAUGGGCCCGAGACCACCGAGCCCACCACAAGUUCACAGAAACACACGCUGACCCUCACAAUUCGCGGCGUGGCUUUUUCUUCUCUCAUGUGGGCUGGCUGCUUGUGCGCAAACACCCGGCUGUCAAAGAGAAGGGCGGAAAACUGGACAUGUCUGACCUAAAAGCCGAGAAGCUGGUCAUGUUCCAGAGGAGGUACUACAAGCCCGGCAUCCUGUUGAUGUGUUUCAUCCUGCCCACGCUGGUGCCCUGGUAUUGCUGGGGUGAAACUUUCCUGAACAGCUUGUGCGUUAGCACCUUCUUGCGAUAUGCGACAGUACUCAAUGUCACCUGGCUGGUGAACAGCGCUGCCCAUCUCUAUGGUUAUCGCCCUUAUGACAAGAACAUUGAUCCCAGGGAGAACACCCUGGUUUCCCUGGGAUGUCUGGGCGAGGGCUUCCACAACUACCACCACGCCUUCCCCUAUGACUACUCCGCCAGUGAGUACCGCUGGCACAUCAACUUCACCACGUUCUUCAUCGACUGCAUGGCUGCCCUAGGCCUGGCUUACGACCGGAAAAGAGUAUCUAAGGCUGCUCUCUUGGCCAGGAUUAAAAGAACUGGAGAUGGGAGCCACAAGAGUGGCUGAGUCUG